AGAGGUGGCGGUGGCGUAUCGAGGAGGGAGGGAGAUCCAUCGGAGACUUCAUCCGAAUCCAUCAAUUUCAAUUCAAUUCAAUUCCCAUCAACCUUCUCCUCAUCCAUAAUUUCAACUCAUCUUCGAUCCAUACGCGUAUUCACAGGCAGUUGUACGAGCUACGGGGGUUUCCUCCUCUACUCUUUAUUAUUGCUCUUCCGUUUCGAUCUAGGGACUUCUCGACUAUUUUGGGUCAAUUAAUGAAGUCUGGGGCUUUGAGGAGAAGGGUCCAUCACGGGGAUGUUGAUGGGAGAAAGUAUGAGCAUUAUGAUACAUCGGAAUUAGGUGGUUUGGAUGAGCCUUUAUUAGGGCGUGAUGAGCAAGAUGACAAGCAUACAGAGCCACGUACGCUAGAGGAUGUUUGGGCUGAGGAGCGAAGGAAGGAGCAUCUACACUGGACACUUCUGUUCUCUCAAUUGAUUGUGCAAUGGGCACAAUGGUUAGCUAACAUUGUUGUUGGAUCUGGAUCACUUCUUGUGCGGCUUUUACCUCGACUUCCUGCCUUUCAAAAUGGACCAAUCAACAAGCUUCUUUUGCCUGCACUCAGUCCUCUACAGGAAGAAAGGCUAAGAAAUCUACAGCAAAGACUGGAAGUCCCCUUUGAUGGAUCUCGGGUGGAGCAUCAAGAUGCUCUUAAACAAUUAUGGAGGCUCGCAUAUCCUAAUAGGGAACUUCCAUCUCUAAAAUCAGAACUUUGGAAGGAUAUGGGUUGGCAAGGUUCAGAUCCUUCAACAGACUUUCGGUAUGAUGUUCUCAAGUCUACAAGAACGCAGUUAGAGCGGGAGCUUGCACUGGAAGACAUCUCCAGUGUGAAAGAUUUACCAGCAUACAAUAUGUUGAGAAGAUGACCACCAGCCAUUCAUGAAGCAUAAAUGUUCUAAUCUUUUCCUGAUUUGUUGAUGCGUAUUUUUUUCCCUUGCAAAGAUCUUAAAUAGUAGCAAAAGGACAUUGUUUCAACGUUGAAUGUUUUAGUUAUAUGUUGCCCCAGGCAGAUCUGCAGAUAAGCGCAGAUGAUUAUCUCAAGAUAUUCUUCUCCAUAAAGAGAAAGAGAUAAUGAAAAGAGUCAGAACUU